GGGAUACUGGUUGUAAUCUGUGGACCAGUUUUCUCUCGCUUCGAUUGAAUUUCUUCUCUUUUAUCUCUUCUUCGUCUUUUCUACCCAAUUCGGCAUCUAUUUGUAAUUUGUAAUCCAAUCCGUUCUUCUUGGUCGCCGGCAUGGAAGAAGCUAAAGUGGUGGAAACUAAGGAUGGAACCAUUUCUGUAGCUUCUGCAUUUGCUGGUCACCAGGAAGCUGUGCAGGACAGAGACCACAAAUUUCUAACAAGUGCAGUUGAAGAAGCAUAUAAUGGGGUAGAUUGUGGAGAUGGAGGUCCUUUUGGUGCUGUUGUUGUUCGGAAUGAUGAAAUUGUUGUGAGCUGUCACAACAUGGUCUUGAAGCACACAGACCCAACUGCCCAUGCAGAGGUGACUGCCGUAAGAGAGGCAUGUAAAAAACUCAACAAAAUUGAGCUCUCAGAUUGUGAAAUAUAUGCCUCGUGUGAGCCUUGUCCAAUGUGCUUUGGAGCUAUCCACCUUUCACGAAUCAAGAGGUUGGUUUAUGGUGCCAAGGCCGAAGCAGCUAUUGCCAUUGGUUUCGAUGAUUUCAUUGCAGAUGCACUAAGGGGUACCGGGUUCUACCAGAAGGCCCACUUGGAGAUAAAGCAAGCUGAUGGUAAUGGUGCCAUUAUCGCAGAACAAGUCUUUGAGAAGACAAAGGAGAAAUUUCGGAUGUACUGAUUUCUCUCAUAUCACAUAACAGGAUUAU